CGGUGCGUUUAUUUUUGUUAAGCGCCGAGACUGGAGGAGGAUGUGUCCCGCGUGUUUUUAAGACUCCGGGGAGAAAGUGAGCCGCGAGGCCGGGACUCCUGGGUGGGCAUCGGCGCCCUCGGGGAACCAACCGAGUAGGGGGAAAGAAAGUGGAAAAAAGACUAUUCUUGGACCGAAGAGAACUGAGUACAAAUCCCAGCUUUGUCUGACCAUGUGCUAAUUUUGGACAAAUCUGGUGACAUUCUGAUUGAUGAUUUUUGAUAUGUGAUUGUUACCUUUCUGGAAGUCUAAAGGAUUGUUUUCCUCCAUCUGUUGUUUUUAUAUCUAAUGAGGACAUAUCUAGGUUUUUCAUGAUGCUGAAAUCUUUGCUCUUAUGUAUAUUUCUGUUAAUGGUACCUGGUUAUGCUCAAGAUGAUGAAUGGAUUGAUCCCACAGAUAUGCUUAAUUAUGAUGCUGCUUCUGGAAAAAUGAGAAAAACUCCUCAGGUGAACUAUGGAAAACCAGAGAAAAAGGAAAUAAGUCUUGCAGAUUCCAACUUAUCGUGUGCUGAUGAAAUGUCAGAGUGUUAUAACAGACUUGAUUCUUUAACUCAUAAGAUUAAUGAGUGUGAAAAGAAAAAGAGAAAAGACUAUGAAAGCCAGAGUAAUCAUGUUUUUAGGCGAUACUUAAAUAAAAUUUUAAUUGAAGCUGGAAAACUUGGACUUCCUGGUGAGGAUGGAAGUGAUAAGCAUUAUGAUGCUGAGAUUAUCCUUAAAAAAGAGACAUUAUUAGAAAUUGAGAAGUUUCUCAGUGGAGAAGACUGGAAAUCCGGAGCUUUAGAUGAUGCGCUAAGUGACAUCCUGAUUAAUUUUAAAUUUCAUAAUUUCGAGACCUGGAAAUGGAGUUUUGAGACAACGUUUGGUGUGGAUCCAUAUAGUGUGUUCAUGGUACUUCUAUGUGUGUUGUGCAUUGUUAUGAUAGUAGCUACUGAAUUAUGGACAUAUAUUCAUUGGUAUACUCAGUUAAAACGGGUUUUAUUCAUCAGCUUCCUUGUCAGUUUUGGAUGGAAUUGGAUCUAUUUAUAUAAGUUAGCCUUUGCAAAACAUCAGGCUGAAGUUGCAAAAUUGGAACCAUCAAACAAUGUUUGUGCUGAGAAGAUGGACUGGGUUGGAGGCCUAUUUGAAUGGUUUAGAAGUUCAUGGACAUUUCGUGAUGAUCCCUGCCAAAAGUAUUAUGAACUACUAUUAGUUAACCCUAUUUGGUUGGUUCCACCAACAAAGGCCUUGGCGAUUACUUUUACCAACUUUGUAACAGAGCCGUUGAAGCAUAUCGGACAAGGAACUGGUGAAUUUAUGAGAGCACUUAUGAAGGAAAUACCAGUAUUACUUCACAUUCCAGUGUUGGCCAUCAUAGCUUUGGCUGUUCUGGGUUUCUGCUAUGGUGCAGGAAGUUCAGUUGGUGGAUUUAGAUAUUUAAGAGACUCUGAAAGAGAACCUCACCAGGCACUACAUCAAGGCAAAGGAAGACCACAGGAGGAAAUUGAUUAUAGGCGCUAUGGUGGAGCAGGUGAUACAGCUCUCUGUUGUCGAAGCCAUGUUUGUCAGAGAGAUCAAGGCCCUUAUUGCAAAGCAGAUGAGUGUAGAGGAAAUGUUUUGAGAGAGAGAUCUGUUGGCUUAACUGGCAGCAUGAACCCUGAAGUACUACAGGCAUUUGACAUACCAGAUGCAAAAGCAGAAGAGCAUCCCAAGGUGGUACCCCGUCAGAAGUCACUCAUUUCGAAUAAAAAUCCAGAAGAGAUUUGUGAAAUCCCAGAAAACAGCAAAGUGAAAGAAAGUAAAAGUAAAACAAGCCAUUCGGCAGAGCCAUCCUGUGAGCAGCAGACCACCCCAGGGAGUCAGGAAGGCGAGCUUCCAGCAGGUGAGAACCUGCUGAGAGAUGAGGCUAGAAGCAGCCUCCCGAAAGCUGGGGUGAACAACUUAUCCACUGUCUCAGCUGGGAGAUUGGAAAAGAAUCAAGAAGACGCACUACCUAGCUAGGAGGAAGAGGCUGGCAUGGACAAAUGUGAAAAUGUUGUGGUCUAGCAUUUGGUUCUGUUUUAGGGUUUUUCUUAUCAAGCAUUCUGUAUUCUCUAUUGCUCUGCUGGUAUUCUCUGCACAAGUGCCAACAGGACUGACAGAAGUGAAAUUACUAGCUCCUAUAGCAAGUAAGUUUGUAAAAGUAGGUGAAUGUAUUUCUACAUUUAAUUUCAUUUUUCUCCUUUUAGUAUUCUGGCAUUUUCAGUUUAUUAAUAUUAAUUUUGGAGGAGGAUCUUACCUCACAUUCUAAAAUGGAAGUUAGGUAAUCAGAGCUAUUGAUGGUUUGUUAAAUAUCACUAGUUCUGGUUAGUUAAUGAAAAGUCAUAAUUACAAAGUAUUUUUAAAGAAAUAGUUCUAAGGUAUAUACAGUGAACAAAAAUUAUGUAUAACAAUAUUGCCAAAUAGAUGCCCUCCUUCUUCAAUGGCUUUAAUGAACAGCAGAGAACAAUUGACAGUGUGUUGUAUGCAGAUAGUGCUGCUAAAGUGAUCAAGUGCUUAAAAUUAAGGGGUUUAAUUUCUUAAGUGGGACAAACAUUUCUAGUCCAUCAUCAGGGAGUGUGCUUAGUUUUUCAGACUAAAGUUUACUCUUGAAUGCACCUAAACUUAUUUUCAUCUUAGCUCUUUGAAGCAGCACUUUGCACUGGGUAUUCCGCACUGCCCCAAAUCACCAGCCAAGGCGGGAUUUACAUGUAAACCUUUCUCUAUUAGACCCCCUAGUCUGAGCAUUAACAAUUGUACAGUGAGUGAAACCUUCAGGGCUAUUGAGGUUCUAGAGUUAUCUGCCCAGAUGCUGACUGCUCUCAGACCAAAGAGUUUAUUAUGUUCUAGUUGUUCCUCUUUAUUUCAUCUUUUACAAUCAGGUUUUUUUUCUGAUACGUUGUGAGAGCAUAAUAAAAUUGCCAGGGGGAAUCCCAAUAAACAAACUUGUCUAUCAUUGUAGUUACUGCAAAGUCAGGAGACUCUAGCCUAAGAAUAAUCAGAAAUACAGUGCGUGAACUUUGGCAAAACUAGUGUUGUAAGUGUGGUCUUUUUUUGUUUCCUCUUAGAUUGAGGGUACUAAAAGUGUCAUCCCGAUAAAAUUACCUAUAUCAUCUCUAAUUUGCUUGACCCAACUAUGUUUUCAUAGAGUAUGUACAACAUAGUCCCAGUCUCACAUUACUAAUUAGUGGAGUCUAACUUAGAGGUUUUAUUUUAUUGACCAUUACAUACAGCAUAGAACACUAAGGCUUUUUUCUUAGCAGGAUACAAAUACAUGGAGGAGUCUUUCAUUCUGCCCGGAAAAUAAAUUAGAAGUUUUGUGUAUUGGUUAAGGUUUUUUUUUCUUUCUUUUUGUAAAAUACCAGGUGCCCUUUAUCUUAAGCACAUUUGUUUAGCAGUUUCCAAAUUUAAAUAUUCUCUUAACUAGGAAAAUUUGGCAUUUAGUUGUGUCUGAGAGCCAGCAUGGAGUACUGGAUAGAGAUCUCAUCUUAGAGCCAGGAUGACCUGAGUUCAAGUUCCACUUCUUAACACAUACUGAUGUGUGACCUUUGGCAAGUCACUUAACUUCCCAGUGCUCUAGGUAUCAAACUAUAAUUAUAUAGAAGGUUUGGAUCUUCAUUAUUAGAGUGGAGUUUCCUCUUAAAAUUCCCUAUACCAAAGAAAUCCCAGGUGUAGUCCCUGCCUUUAUCCCUUAGUUAUCCUUUUUUAAAGCUUAUAUAAUGCUUUGGGUUUUCAAAUCCUUAAUUAUUUCCCCACAUAGAUAUUGUUAAUAUUUUACUUUAUUCACAUUUUCCGUUAAAUAUUUGGUCAAGGAAAAUUUUCAUUUCUAAGUUUAAUUUUACUGCGCCAUGGUUACAAACAUAAGAACACAUUAUUUUUGUAUAAUGCCUAGUUAAUGACAUUUGAUACAUAAAUAUUGAUUUAAAUUUUUUCACACCUUUUCAGGAAGACAUCUAACGAAAAAAUAUUGAGAUGUACUUUGUCAUAGACUUGUGGACAUGGAAAAAAGUUGAGAGAGGAGUAGUUAGUUGUUCCCUUGAGCCCCAUAACCAGCCUAGGAUUUUAGCUGAUUGUACCGUAUUUUUAAGUCAUUAUUUUUUUUAAAAAAACAUUCACCAUUUUUUAGAGACUCCUAUCACUGGGGUUGUAAAAACAAAUUGUUGCUGAACAUAUGCCCUCAUAAAAGAUUGAUUUUGUAAAAACAAGUUGACUACAUCAUUUCACUAUAUAGUUAGUUGGUGGGGAGAAUUGAAUCUUGUGUAUUCUUAGUCACUCUUUUCCAUUAUGGUUUCCUUUGUGGUUCAGACACAUUGAGACAAUUAUGUUGCAGAAAAAUCACUGGGAGUAGGUUGAAGCUUUUAAAAAUAGUUUUAAGGAAGUACAGUUGAUUUUUGUCAUUUUGUGGUAGUUAUGUUCUAUAAACCCCACAAACACUAAGUUAGCCAUUGCUUCUAGGGGAAAUAUAGGGAUAAGUUCCUGUGAACCUCUGAUCACAACAUUUACUUUAGCACUUUCUGGAGGGACCUUAUACAGAAGGGCAGAUUUUCUCUUCCUUCUUUUGCACUCACCAUAUUGUUGAUUCAUUAACAUUAAACUCCCACUACGUUACUGGUGCCUGAACACAGCUUAUUUAACACGUGUAUUUGCUCCAAGAGGCACUUCACAGACUUCUUGCACUUAGCAACACAAGGCAACAUUUCAAUACAGUGUUUGAGGGCCAUUUUAAACAGCAGAUCAUCUGCAAAAAGGUGGAAAAUGUGGCACUAAAUAGACUGGGAAAAGGACCUUGAUGAUAGUAGCAUGAGAACUGAAAUAAGAGGCCAAGAAUAGCCUUGUUUAACUUUGGCUGGGAACCUGUGCAACAGGCAACUCAGAUACUUUGCCACUCAGUGCAUGACUAAAAAUACCAUGAGUGCUGAUUUCAAGGUUAAAAGCUAAUUUCAGUGAGUAGGUAAAUUUGAGAAUAUGGAAUCAAGAAAGAGGAUUACCUGUAAUGUUUAUAAGAUCUUUUAAGAACCAAAAUGUAUUCAUAAUAAAUUUUUAUUUUUAUAUAAAGACUAAAGUGAAAAGUUUUGGUUUAUCACUUUUUUGUAAAUUAUAUUUGAAGUUUCACAAACUAGGAAAUCUGGCAAAAAACAAGCAUUUGAGCUGGCAAGCUAUUUUAAUACUAAUGCAGGAAGUGGCUACUUACGAAGCUUGUGUCUCUAGGCAAGUCACAUAAUUUCUGUGCCUCAGUAAAAAGAGGGAGCUUCAUUUGCUGGACUCCCGUUGAACUUUAAAUCUGUGAUCUUAUGAAACUUUGCCUUCAUGUCCAUAGUUUCUGCUAACUCAUCCAUUUUCUUUACAUUACAACAUGAUUUAUGUGGGUUUAUUUUAUAUCCUGCAACUUUGCUGAAGUUAAUUGUCUCGAUUAGUUGGUGGUUUGUUGUUUUUUUGGGUGACUCAAAAUCUCUAAAUAAACCAUAGCAUCUACAAAAA